AUGGGAGGUAAGAAAAUGAUGAAAGCUUGCACUAAGUGCAAGCAGCGUAAGAAAAAGUGUUCUGGCGGGCUUCCAUGCGAUUAUUGUAUCAAGAUCAAUCUACCACACGAGUGCGAGUAUAAGGAAAAAGUCAGGUCCAAGUUCGCUACUGUCUCUGAGAGAUACAUAAGUUCUUUGAAGAGCAGGAUUAUGGAACUGGAGGGAGAAUUGGCCAAAAUCAAUUCAGGCGCUACUGAGACAGUGGCAGUUUCGGCACCGAGCAGUAAUGCACUUAUGAAUCCACUUAUCGAGCCAGAAUACAGAUUGCAACGUCAAACGGUUGGCAAUGGUGAGUCCAGCACAAGUUGCGAUAGUCGGUAUUUAGGAAUGUCAGCGUGCGCGCAGUUUUUGAGAAAGCUGAAAGAGUCGUUGACCAUGUCUGGCGAUCCCAAUGGUGGAGUGUUAAGUGAGACCUCUCACUCGCGAAGUUCAGCUUCGGGGCCCAGUAAAAUACUCACACAGGAUUCCACUGAUGAUUCAUACCUUCAAAUUGUGGUAAAAGAAUUACUACCAUCAAAAGCCGAGGCUAACAGGCUUUUGGAUAUAGCCUGCCGAAUGAUUGGCGCAGACUACAUGUUCAUCGAAGCUGACUACUUCAAAAUUGUAGAAGAACUGUACGAAAAAGUACUUCCUGUGACAGCGUCCGAAAAGGUCCAGUACGCGAAUGAGCUUCUACGAUUUGUGUCCCACUUGGCCCUUGGUUCGCUGUUUGAUAGGGAGAAUCCUACCGCAAGCUCUCUUGGCAAAGAACUGCACCAAACGUCAAUUUCACUGUACGGCCAGAUUUUGAAGAGCUACGAUCAAGCUGCCGGUGCCACCUUGAUCCAGUCGUUACUGUGCAUGGCUUACUUUGCCCUGUCUCAAAAUAAAACUACCUUUGUGUUCACAACUGUCGGGGCCGCGAUUCGAACCAUGCUGGCUCUUGGUUACCACAGGAAGGUAAAAUCUAAAAGGGAAAACCGCGUAUUUUGGCUUUGCUUUAUCUACGAUCGGCUUCUGGCAGUGAGGUUUGGUUUCCCGUUGAUGAUCGAUGAGCGCGACAUCAAUAUUCCAGUCUUCAACGAAGCAGAAAGAACACACAAGGCUGCUUCGUUGGACAUAUACCACUUCGUUGCUCAGGUAAAUCUUGCCAAAAUCACAACGCAGGUUCUCGCCAAGAUAUACACACAAAAUGCCUUUUCCUUUCUACACAACUGCCACUCCGUCUUGAAGCAGCUCAAAGAGUGGUUCGACGCACUCCCCAGUGAGUUAAAGUUUGAUUAUAAUGAUAUCAAAACGGGAACUGUACGGUCAACAUUCAACCUGCAUAUUAAUUAUAACUACUCCAUUAUAAUAUCGACUCGGCCGGUGUUAUUAUAUGUUUUCAACAGGAUGAUGUCAAAUAUUGGGGCCGGAGGCCCCGUUUUCGAGCAGCGCCAAUUCGAACUCAUUCAAGUCCUGUUGGAUUCUUGUAUUCAGGCAGCUGAAGUUCAGAGUCGCAUUCUGGCCAAAUUAUACUACGACGGAAAAAUGGCGAACUGCUCCUAUCUAGAUUGUCAUUACAUUUUCAGUGCCACAAUCAUUCUUAUCCUAGCAGGAUACUGUCAAACGCUUUCCGAUAACUCAGCAUUGUACUCUGGCGAUGUUAUGAAUCUGUUUGGUGCCAUAGAACACAAUUUGAGGAUAUUACAGGGCCUCUCGGAGUAUAACGUUGUAGCAAGCGAUUUUAACCGGCAGCUCACUGAGUUUAUCGAUAUGAUGAGUUCGGAUGAAGUUGUUGCUGUUUUGAAAGAGGAACCAAAACCCGAAGCCGAUCCAGCGUCCUUCCUUCAGCGGCUCAAGAGCCCAAAUCCAAAUUUUCCCGACGCAGCAAAUAACAACCUUGAUCAAGGUUGCGAUGUGAGCGAUCUAGGCUUUGUUGAUUUAUCCAAUCUGGUAAGCAACAUAGACAAAGAUCUUGAGUCAGGGAUUGCUCUAAACAUGUAUCUGGACGAAAAUCUCUGA